AAACUGGUUAACGUCUCGAAAAUUCGAUGAAAAUCAGAUUAGAAUUUCAUAAGACUCGUGCAAUGCAUUUGAUUGGCAACAAAACUGCCUAUUUUCCUUUUAUCCACUGCAUCGAGGCUCAUCAACGGACGCAACCCGCAGACGCUGCAAAAAAGUGCGCUAAAAAGAUGCACGUGGACCUGGAUCCGAUCAGCGCAUGUGCCAGCGGAAAGCAAGGCGCGAAUUGGGAGCACGAGAUGGCAACGUUGACAGCCGCCCUCUAUCCGCCACACACCUACGCACCAUGGAUAACCUUUGACGGGGUAUUUUAAAGUUUAUCACUAACUGAAAACACGAACAA